AUGGAAGAGCUCAAGACAGGAACUUUACGCAACAAGUCUAGUCGUGCUUGGCCUGCAAACAGCAGCCGAGAUCCCAAUCGUGGCAAUCGCUCUCCUAAAAUUCUAACUGCGAGCUCACCUCGUAGUCCUCGACCUGGGGCAUCUCCCAGGACUGCUUCAGCGCCACUCGUACCAUUGUCCAGAGACCUAGCACCACAGAUCGCAAACGACGACUUGUACAAGCACCGCGGUAGUAUUGCAUCCAUCCAGGACGAUCCCUUCUUCAAACACUAUCAAACACCUCAAUCUGUAACUCUUUCGAAAGAAAUGAGGUCGGCAACACAAUGGCCAAGGCGAGGGGAGGAGGAUUCCGAAGCACAAUCCCCUCGUUCAGCUACUAGAACUGCGCCGGACAACUCUGUGAACCUUCCUCCUCAAUCGAGAAGCGGAAUGUCUGAUAUAAAUAUUGCUAUUAUUGGUUCUGGAGGUUGUGGAAAGAGCACUCUCAUUCAACGUGCACUUGGCCUGAGGAGCUUGCCAGCAUCUAGUGCAUCCAGUGCACGUAUGUCGGUUGAUAAUGUGGAGUACACAGUAAGUCUGAUCGAAUUAGACCUUGAAUCUUUUGACAUUGCUCGCGAUCGGCGAAUUGAGUGGCCCAAGCAAAUCAAUGGGCACAUCGUCCCUCGAAUGGAUGGUGCGUUGUUGCUAUACGAUGUUAUGAAUCGAGAGAGCAUUGCGGCGCUUCCCCCAACCCUAAACGGUCUUGUGAAUUCUGCCUUGCCAACUAUCUUAGUCUCUUGUAAAUGUGACAAUCCUGAGAACACUCGACAGGUUGACGUUGAAAGUAUGGAAAAUGCCUGUCAUUCUUGCAUAGAAGCAGUCAAAACCGCUGCCAAUGUACCCGAAAGUGCAAGGCUUUGUCUUUCGUCCAUGCUUAGAGCGAUUAUGGCGAAAAGAAAUGCCGCAAAUUAUGCCCCUGAAAAAGACGUCUCCGGAGCCCGUCGCCGGGCCAUAUCCUCAGCACAUCUUGAAACACCAGCCGCCGAUCCCACAUCCAGACCCUUGAGCCAGCAGUCGAAACAUAGUCGUGCAAGUUCAGAUUACUCUCUUUUACGUGGCCUGCCCUCACCGCCCCAUGUAUCAUCUCGAGCAAAGCCCCCCUCAACGCGGCACAAUGGUCGAACAAAUCUACAUCACCAAUUCAAACUCCCAGAUCCACAGGAAGCACCACCACUCUCGUCGCAUCCUGCUUUCAGGCAAGAUAAUACUCAAAGCGGUGAUUCGGACAGCAAACUCUUACCAAAUGCAAGCCGAUCGCCUCUUCCCUCUCCUGGAAAGAUUAUGGAUAGCUCCUACAUAGAUAUGGAGGGAUCUGAGUCCGAGUCAUCCUACCGGUAUUCCGACGAUACUCCUAUUUUGCAUCGAAACGAUGAUAGCUUUUUUGAUAAGCCCGCGAAAGUUGCAGGCGUUACCUUCGACGAACUUGUAGACCGACUGCUAGGUCAGAAUAUGUCAAGAGCAGACAAUAAUUUCUCGGACAUUUUUCUCUGCCUGUAUAGAAAAUUCGCGGCGCCAGGAGAGUUAUUUGCAGCGAUAUUGGGUCGUCUAGAUGCUAUUGCUGCCGACAAAAACACACAUUACUUGACACGCACAGCUAUCCAGUUACGUAUCAUUACUGUUGUUGCCAGAUGGGUGUCAAGCUAUCCGGGCGAUUUUGCUAGUCCGUCCACUAGUCGAAAUCUUGAUGCCUUUAUAAACCAUUUGUCAAGCGAACCCGUAUUCGCAGCAGCAGCACAAGAUAUGCGAAUGCAACUUCAGUCUCGUGUUGUAGAAGACGACGACACGGGCUGGGCUCGGACUGACGCGGAUGUGGAAACCGAAUCGGGGAGCUUAGCAGAGUCGGCCCCUUCAUCUCCACUCAAACGAAGAAAUCCAAUUGCUGACUUGGAAAGACAUGUUCAGCAACUCGGUGUUAGCCAAGAGGGGGAUGAGGACGAAGGAUAUGAAAUAGAACAACUGCAUAAGAGCGAGUCUACAACAUACUCCAACAGACCGAGCUCACAUAAUCCAUCAUUAUCAUCAUCUUUCAACACCGUAGAAGAUUACGAAAAGGAAGCAGCCACGAUGGUCCCGCGAGGGCAAAUUCCCCUUACAAAGUUCCGCUACAGAAUAUUCAUGGAUACAUCGGAAGACGACAUAGCCGACGAAAUGACCCGAAUAGAUUGGGUGAUGUUUUCAUCAAUCCGCCUACGCGACUUCGUUCGUCACGUAUCCCUUCCUCUAGAACUCAAAGAAAAAUGCAAAUCUCUCACGAAUGUCAACCGCAUGAUAAACCAUUUCAAUCACAUCGCCCACUGGGUCGCCAACAUGAUUCUUAUCCGCGACAAAGCUAAACAUCGUGCUGUCAUGCUGGAAAAAUUCAUGACCAUCGCACUCAAGCUGCGUCAACUCAACAAUUACAACGGUCUUGCUGCCGUACUAGCUGGCAUAGGCGGUUCCGCGAUUCAUCGUCUGACUCAAACUCGUACACUUGUCCCGGCAGAUGUUCAAAAACGAUUCGCUCGUCUUGUUCUCCUCAUGGGAUCUCAAAAGUCCCAUUUUGCAUACCGAUUAGCAUGGGAGAAUUCUCCUUUACCGCGAAUACCAUUCAUUCCGCUUCAUCGACGCGAUUUGGUGAGUGCAGAAGAAGGUAGCAGGACUUUCGUAGGCCAGAAUGGGGAGAGAAUUAACUGGAAGAAAUUUGAGGUUUUGAGCGAGGUCAUCUUGCCUAUUAUGAAGAGUCAGGUCAUGCCGUAUCCGAAUCUGAGUAGACAUGAAGGUGCUAGGGAAAUGAUAUUGGAUUGUUUGAUGCCUGUUGAUGACGAGGAGAUUUAUCAACGGUCAUUGGAGGUAGAGAGUUCUUCUGGCCCAGUAGAGAUGGCGAAGAAGAAGUUUCCGUGGUUUCAGAAAUGA